AUGAUGAAGAUUUGCUGUUCUCUCCUCCUCUUAAGUUUGCUCAGUUUGCAACUCAAAGCUAACCCUGGGCUCAAAGUGAGGAUCAGCCAGAAGGGGUUGGAGUAUGCCAAGGAGGUUGGGCUUGAGAUCUUGAAGCAGAACAUGGAAAAGGAGCAUCUCCCUGAUUUGAGUGGCUAUGAGAAAUUUGGGCUUGGUAAUGUCAAAUAUAACAUCUCAAGAAUAAGAGUCAUUGCUGUUGAAUUCCCCAGUGCUUCCAUCUCCCUCAUACCUGGGGCAGGGAUAAAACUGGUGAUUGGAAAUGUUUCUCUAACCAUUGAUAUGAACUGGAACAUAAGGACCUGGAUGUUCAAAGACACUGGAAGAAGCACGGUGUACAUUUCAAAGGUAUUUGUUACUGCAGUCUUUUCAACACCUGUGGAUAACAGAGGUCAUACAUUGAUAUCACUUACAAGCUGCCGGACAGCUUCUGGUGAUAUAGACAUCAAAUUGAAUGGAAAAAGUGGCUUCCUGCGUAACUUCUUUAUUAAGUAUCUGAAGAAACCCAUUCACAGGAGCUUGGCUACUAAUUCAUGUCCCAACAUCAGGUCUGGGAUCCAGCUGAUAGAUGAAGGCCUCCAAUCACUGAAUGUCCUAAUGCCGGUUGAUGAUUUGGCUGAAAUAGACUACUCUUUAAAUAGCUUGCCAGCAGUCUCCCGACCAUACAUUGACCUGGACUUAAAGGGGAUAGUCUACCCAGGUGGAAACUAUACUGCCCCCCCUUUUGUGGCAACUCCCUUCACUGUCCCAGACCAAAGUGACUCCAUGCUCUACCUUGCCAUCUCUGAGUAUUUCUUUCAGACCUCCUCCUUUGCUUACUACACAGCAGGAGCCUUCAACAUCACCAUUGCAGAAGAGACUUGCAGUUAUUUUAAUAUAAGCUCAGAGAUAUUUGGCAGUAUCAUCCCUGAGGUAGCCCAGUAUUCAGUUAUGCCAUACCCAGUGAUGCUGAAGCUAAUGGCUACUGAAACACCUAUCAUCAGCUUACAACAGGAUUCCUUUACGCUAGAGAUUCAGGGCUCCAUGGAGGUAUUUGCUGUUCUGCCAGACUCAACCACCCAGUCAUUGUUCACAAUGAAUAUAGCAGCCAAUACCAGUAUUGCUGUGAAUAUAUUUGACCAGAAAUUGAUGGGCUCACUAUGUUUGAACAGGCUCCAGUACUCCCUAACCCACUCUAAUGUUGGUUUUUUUGAGAUCUCACUUCUGGAGAACAGCCUGUCUUAUAUUUUACAGACUGAAGUAAUUCCGUCGGCUAAUGCUAAACUGUCAAAAGGAUUCCCUCUUCCUAAUCUGGCCAAUGUCACCUUGACAAGACCUCAUAUUACAAUUGUACAGGGUUACCUGUUGAUUUCUACUGAUGUUCACUACAAACACUAAAGGAGGAGAGAGACCAUUUGUUAAUUGCAAACUUCAAAUCAAUAAUGUGACUCCGAAGGCUAGCACAGUCCCAU